GGACAUGCAGCUGCUGAUCGGGACCGACACCUUACGGGACGGGACAGGCCAAGUGAGGCGGGUGGCGAGCGUCCACGUCCACCCGGCCUACAACCCCCGCCGCAACGACAACGACUUCAUGCUCCUGCGCCUCAACCGGCCCGUGGAGUUCGGCAACAACGUCAAGAGGAUCCGGCUGCCCUCCCGCUGCCCCGCCGAGGGGAUGAGGUGCAGCGUCUCGGGCUGGGGCACCACCAAGUCCCCCGGAGCCCGGCUACCCCGCAACCUGCAGUGCGCCGCCAUCCAGACCUUCGGGCCGCAGCGGUGCCGGAGGGCGUACGGCAACGCCAUCACCCCCAACAUGUUCUGUGCUGGCGUCCCCCAGGGGGGCAUCGAUUCCUGCCAG